CUAAAAAUCCAAACUAAGGUCGGUGAGUAUUUCUCCAUUAUUUAAUUAGAUCAUAUCAAGCUAGCUUGAUUAUAAACCAAGGGUACUACAAGACCAGCUGUCUUGCUGAGCAGAUCGAUCAGAAAGAAUGGCCGAGACUGGGAAGGUUACUGAUUCCGGCAAAGGCGAUUGCUGCAGUAGGUCUGUAUCGGGAAGCAAAACCAUCAAAGUUGAGUAUACGCUUUGCAGUAUUGACAGCCCAAACAAGUCUACAGCUGAUGAAAUGGAGUGCCCCAGCGCUGGCGAGGCGUUCUGCAAGUGUGGACAAGGAUGGAGUUGUGUCAUCACCAGAACUGAAGGCCCUGAUAGUGGCAAGGCCUUUUUCAAAUGCGGUGAAGGCUGCACCUGCACGGCGGGUGCUAGUUGUCCAGUCAAGUUAGCCACGUGUCCCGGCGUAGGUGAGGUAUUGUGCAAGUGUGGAGAAGGAUGGACUAUUGUCGUCACCAGGACUGAGGGACCAGCUGAUAGUGCCAAUGCUUUCUUCAAAUGCGGAGAAGGCUGCAUGUGUGUCGCACAAGCUUGUUGAUCAAUAUUUUCUAUCUCCAUGUGUAGUGUAAAAUAAUAGUGCAAGAUAGACAUGGUUCAAGAACCUAAUGGAGCAAUUUUAAAGGUCAUAUAUGCUUUCUUUUGAACCAUAUAUGACCAUAUUAUAUGCAAGAUAGACAUGGUUCAAGAACAAGUAUAUGUGUGGUGUUUUUGUGGAAUUAAUGAAGGCCCAAGUCUGAAAUAUGUCUUAAUUAUAUGCUUUAAUGCAUGGAAAUUAAAUAGACUGUUAUGAAAGGUUAUGCUUAAUUUAUUUA